AUGGACUAUGCAGUAGCCUGUAGUAAAUCACAAGAGACUGAGGCAUGCCAAGGAAGGAAGCUCGCUGCCGCUGCCGCCGUUGACGACAACGCCGAUGAAUAUUUAAUCGAGCUCCAGCACAGAAACAGGAUCCUGAAUCGCCUCAAAGCCAAAGGCCCCAGAGACAUAGAAUUGGAAAGACUUGAACAAGGCUUUUCUAUUUACUUCAACGGAGCCAAUGCCGAGUCCUGCAAGAGGCAGCGCAAGAGCACCAACCACAAGCCUGUCACCUCCACGCCCUUUUGGAGGACUCCGUGUACAGCAGCAGAUGUCUGUCGACGCGCCCACCAGCUAAGUGAAGAUUUGGAGCCCGGCCACAAGCGCCGGAGCCACACCGCCCCCGGAAAGGUCCAGAGGAAAGAAUGGACACAGGAGUCCGUCAUAAUCCGAACAGAGGAUGGACCGAAUUUGAAGAUAUGCCCGGAAAAGCGCUACUGUGAUGAUUUUGAGACUUACGAAAGUGUAGACAUGGAGAGCUCCGGCCCACACUCGCCUAGCGCUCCCUGCUCCCCGAGGGACAGCUGUGCGCUUUCACGCUCCUUCAGCUCCAGGCCCCACAACCAAGCAGGACAAGCGAGCCAGGAGCAUAGCGAAAAGGUGCUUCUCAAUCUCGAGGAAGUGAAGGUUUUACGGCGCAGCCUGGAGAACAGCAUGCGGCGGAGCAGCCGCGGCUCGGCGGGGGAGGAGUCCGACGAAGAGUGGGUGGAGGAGCAAAUUGAGCGCGACGAGAGUACAGAGAGUCUCGACGAACUGGGACUUCCCUUGUCGUCCUCCAAGUCUUCCUCCAGCCCUCGGCCCAGCAGUUCACACCAUUUUGACCCAGCAAACCUCAUUGUCCUCGACUUUGGACCGGCACCUAAAGGUCGUAAGCUUGAGCGCUCCUUGUCUGCAAAGCGGAAGGAAAACAGUGACUCUGUCCUACCCGCCAAGCCACUGCUGGUCAAGAGCAAAACAUUAGACAUGCCGCCUUCAAAAGACGGCUGGGGUAGUCCAAGGCCGACAAGUCAGGCUGAGAGGCCCCUGUCAACAGCCAGGAGGGCUUUGACUAUGGAGCAGGACCCAGACGACGUGGCCCGUGGGGUGUGCGAGGCCAUCCAGACGGAGAACAAGAGUCCAGAGCUUUUCCAUCGCAACAUGGGCGGAGGGCAGCAGAUGAUGAACGGCUUAAUGCAUCGUAACAGCAGCGACAAAGAGGACAGCAGUGUCACUCUGGCCAUGCAGAGAAUCACACUCAUGGGCUCCAGGGAACGGCACAAACUGCUGAAAGCCUUGGAGGAGCUGGAAGCUGCACCCACCUUCAACAUUCCUCAGGGUGCCAAAAGCGACUGCAGCAAACCGCCGCCGAGGCGCUCGUCCGAGGUCCCCCCUGCUGUAUACGUCACAAUGGAGCUCCUGUCCAACUGGGGGCACGGGAUGCAGGUGGGCCUGACCGAGUUGCAGUUUUUCGGACCCGGAAACAAGAAGCUGUAUGUGUCGCCGCACGACCUCGACAUCAGGAACGCUGACUAUCCCGGGAAUCUGCCGGUGCUCGUCAACGGCAGGGCCAAGACGACCAAGGAGCGCCACAUGUGGACGUGUCCCUUCCACCCUCCCAUCCAACUCUACUUCAUCAUCCGGAACACGGAGCGCUCGGCAGACUUUGGGAUAUCGCGCAUUAAAAUCUGGAACUACAACAGAAGCCUCAGCGAACUUGACAUCGGUGCACGCCAUGUAAAGCUGUACCUCAACAGCACGUUGGUGUUUGAAGGCGAGCUGGAGCGGGGCUGCGGGAAUCAGGUCUUCGACUACAGCAACACCAUCGAGCUCCAGGACUUCCAAGCUUCAGAUUCCUUGUUUUCCAGCACAUCAUCUUCGGGAAACAAUCUCCGGGGGGCAAGCCCCCUGCGACACGAUGACAGCGGCGCGCACCAGCACCUCACUUCUGCCCUGCCGUCAUCAGAUGCGUCAAGCCAAGCUAUGAUGAACACUCAGGAGAGCUCGCACGCCCCUCUUCCACCCAUCGCCGCUCGGCGCUCCUCCGCGCAAAGAAACUCUUUUGAGGAGGCCGCCCCCAUGGCGCAGACGGUCACCGUGCAGCCGCCCUCCUCGCGGAUGACCCCCCAGUGGCUGCAGCCCCUGAAGAGAGCCGCCCCGGAGGGCUGCGAGGCCAGCAGGGAGCGGCCGCGCUGGCUGGUGCCCCAGCAGCCGCCCGCUGCCGAGCCCAAAUCGCCAUCCUCGGCCUCAUCGUCAUCGUUGCUCCCGGAGCUGCCGUGUAACCCCGGUCGGGUGUGCAGGGGAGGGGAGAGAGCGCCCAACGGGGCGCAGUGGAAGGCCGAAUCUCUGGACCUCAGCUGCGACCUGCUCGACGAGCUCGGAGAGCCAAAGCAUGAGCGGCCCUUCAGUGGACGAAGGAGCUCCUUAAGGAAUAGGCAGACGGAGGAGCAACACAUGAAAUCAAAUCCAGAGGCGACCGUGUCAGCCAGAGCCAGCAGGAGGCAGCGGACCCCGAGGCCUUUGGGGCACAGCCACCGGGACGACACCCUCAUGGAAUCGUGGGACUCCCUGACCAAGUUCAACCAGUGCCAACGAGGCCGCAUCUCCAACAUGGGCUUCGAAGGCGACAUAUUUGACGACUUCCAGCAGCAGCAACAGCACGGCCGCGGCUCCCCCGCGGUCCCCGUCAACCUCUCGGCCGCUGCCGCCGGCCCGCCUUCCUCAGCCUCGGCCGCCCGGGGGCUGCCGUACGAGGGCCCGGACGGGGAUUCUUUCCUGGAGCAGGAGGAAGAGUUUGAGAUCCCGGUGCUCCCCAAGGGCCAAAGGUUGCUCAUCAACAUUCGGUCCACCUGGGGGGACCGCCACUACGUGGGCCUCAACGGCCUGGAAGUGUUCAGCUCCAGCGGAGAGCCCGUCCGACCUGCUCACAUCAGCGCCGACCCCCCCGACAUCAACAUCCUGCCCGCGUACGGCAAGGACCCCCGCGUGGUCACCAACCUGACGGACGGUGUUCAUCGCACGCAGGAUGACAUGCAUCUCUGGCUCGCCCCCUUCACGCCGGGUCGGAGCCACACCAUCUUUCUGGACUUCGGACACGCCUACCACGUCGCGAUGAUCCGCGUGUGGAAUUACAACAAGUCGCGCAUCCACUCCUUCCGAGGAGUCAAGGAGGUGGAGAUGAUGCUCGAUGGGAGGUGCAUCUUCAGGGGCGAGAUUGCCAAAGCUUCCGGGACUCUUUCGGGAGGGCUGGAUCAAUUCGGGGACACUAUUCUGUUCACGACCGACGAUGACAUCCUGGAGGCCAUGUCCCGUUUUGACGAAACCUUCCUCGGUGAGAGCCAAGGAUCGGAGAAUCCGGUGCAUGAGGAGGAGCUGCAUAGGCCGCGCACUGCAGACGGCGAGGGAGAGGAAAGACCUUUCACGCAGGCUGGCUUCCGAGAGGAGGACCUCACCUUGAAACUUCACCUCAACGCCAGCGCGAGCCAGUUGGAGAACAUGGAGCAGAUUCCUGGGACGUACACUGGAAAGUGCCUCCGUCUGGAGCUGGCAUCGACAUGGGGCGAUUCGCACCACAUGGGCCUGACGGGACUGGAGGUGGUCGGGAAAGAUGGGGAGGGCUUACCUUUGGACCUCAGUGUCAUGGCCGCCUCAGCGGGGGGCCUCAAUGAUCUGCCCCGAUACGAACAUGACUCGCGCACCCUCGAUAAGCUCAUCGAUGGCCACAACAUCACCACAGAUGACCGACACAUGUGGCUAAUCCCUUUUUCCUACGGAGAGCCUCACACAGUGAGCAUCGCCUUCCCCCAGGCGCAGACGGUCGCCGGGCUCCGCAUCUGGAACUACAAUAAGUCGGCCGAGGACUCGUACAGAGGGGUGAAGGUGAUCCACGUGAUCAUGGACGACGUGGCCAUCUCCCCAGUGGAGGGCUUCCUUAUCAGGAAAGGCCCAGGCAAUUGUCACUUUGACUUUGCCCAAGAGAUCCUCUUCGUGGACUACCUCCAGACGCCCACCGACAGCAAGAGUGCUGAAGAGCACCCCAACAAGUACAAACACGUCUGCGCGUCUCCGCGUUCUGGUGGGAGAAAUGCGUUUAUGCCAUGCGCUUGUGUCCACUUCAGGCGAGGCGCAAAGAAAGCCGAACAAGCCAGCAUGGAUUACGAAGCUCCCAUCAUGCCUUGUGGAUUCAUCUUUCAACUGCAGCUGUUAACCACCUGGGGAGACUCCUACUACAUCGGCCUCAACGGCCUCGAGUUCUACAACCAGAAUCAUGAAAAGAUCAGCCUCAGUGACAAUAACAUCGCUGCUUUCCCAGACAGUGUCAACGUACUUGACAACGUGAGCGGCGACGUGAGGACUCCGGAUAAAUUAAUAGACGGCAUCAACAGCACGCAGGAUGGAAGACACAUGUGGCUGGCUCCAGUGCUCCCGGGACUGGUGAACCGCGUGUAUGUCAUCUUUGAUCAGCCGGUGACCGUAUCCAUGAUUAAACUGUGGAACUACUCCAAGACCCCGCAGAGAGGAGUUAAGGAAUUUGGGCUGCUCGUGGAUGACCUCCUGGUCUACAACGGCAUCCUGGACAGCGUGAGCCACAUGAGCCGCGGCAUUCUGCCCACGUGCGAAGUGGUGGUGCCAUACCACACCAUCCUUUUCACCGACAACGCGUACAUUGCACACCGCGAAAGGAACACCGUCAUCAGUAACUACGUGGAGGACCAAGAUGUGAAGAUGACCAAUGAGAAUCAGAUCGUCCAUCACAACAAGAAGAAGCAGGCCGCAGACCCAGCUCUUCGGCCUAAAACUUGCAUGACUGACGUUGGCAAGCACGGACAGAGGAGGUACUGAUUUAUGGCUCACUAUUACGCCUCUGGUGGGUGCAAGCUCCUCUCUCUCUCUCUCCCUUUUUUAUUUUAUUAACACUCCACGUGAUGUGCAUAAGCCACACCGAAGAGGACACGUUUUGCACUGAUCACAACGGUUUUGCGCUACACACACACACACACACACACACACACACACACACACACAAAACGGUCACAAAUACGACUGUAGAAUGUGAGGAUGCCAACCACAAGUGGUGAAAAUAAUACUGGCACCUCACAUGCACAUUGUUGUUUUUAGUAACGUUGUGGGGGGGAGGUUCCAUUAUCGAUGAAUUCUUUUGAGUCAGGUUGACGGUUUUUCACUUGUAUACGCCAGUCUAAAAUUGAAUUGCGUUUUCCACCAUUUGGAUACAAACAUGACCACAGAAAUGACUUGCUGAGUCUUAUAGUAGGCCGAAAACGAGGUUCAUCCUAACCGUUUGUAGCCCUGUGGAUCAUCCUUAUCAGUGUGAGUGAAUGUGAGCGUGCGUGUGCUGAAAUUAUCAACAAAUUCUUCCCGUGCAUAUGUUGCAUACAAACUGAACAAUUGUGGCCCCUUUAUUUUAUUCAUUAAGGUUCAGUGUAUCUUUGCCAGCCUACAUCAAUCUGCAAAGGAGUUGCAGAAAAGCCUCAUGUUCAUCGAGCCGUGAGUCACACAUAAUUUUUAAAGCUGUUAUGAUCAAUAUCCAAACAGUAUGUUUGCCUUUCAGGAGUCAUUGUAGUCUGGUUUUUUUUUUCCUUUCUUUUAUUUUUAAUUCAUUAAUUUUUUAAAAAGAUAUGAAAUUUGGAGUAGUGCUAAGCUGCUAAAGACGUCUGGUCGCGCUGAAUGAACAUUAAAAAAAAAAAACCUUCUCAGCAAACCA